AUGAUGAAUCAAACUCCAAAUUUUACUCCGAAUGAAUCCUUGCGGCCACUGUUUGAUGCCGUAGAUUUGGAUAAGAGUGGAAAGAUUUCAUUUCUUGAAUUGCAACGAGUGUUGACCAUGCCUGGAAGUGAUAUUUAUGCUGCGUUUAAUGAGAGAUGUGCCAAGCGAUUGAUUAAAAUGUUUGAUCGGAACGGAAAUGGAUCGAUUGAUUUUGAUGAAUAUUCUGCCUUGCAUCAAUAUUUGAUACAAAUGAAACAAGGAUUUGAAAGUGUGGAUUUGAACAAGUCAGGAAAAUUAGAAAAAUCUGAAGUGGCUACACAUUGUCACGAGUGGGAUUUAAUUUCUCGUCUCAGUUGUUGGACAAGAUGUUUCAUUGUUUGA